AUGGAGAAGUACAAAAAAAAGGUUCCGUCCGUGCCGGAAUCGCUGGCCAAAAAACGAAAAUUGAAUGCCGAAAAAAAAGUGAUCCUCUUGAAAGCAAAAUAUAACGCUAAAAAGAGAGAAUCACUGAAGAAGAAGCUGUACUUUGAAAGAGCAAAGAAGUACGCUGGGGAGUACAAAGCAAAAGAGAAUGAACUUCUGACAUACAGCAGGCAGGCUCGCCAACAUGGGAACUUUUACGUCCCACCACAGCCAAAACUUGCCUUUGUUAUCAGAAUCAGAGGUAUCAAUGGACUGCACCCAAAGCCAAGGAAAAUAUUACAGUUGUUUCGUUUGAGGCAGAUCAACAAUGGAGUUUUCAUCAAGUUGAACAAAGCUACCAUCAACAUGUUAAGGAUCGUUGAGCCAUAUGUCACUUGGGGAUACCCAAACUUGAAAAGUGUCAAGGAGUUGAUCUACAAAAGAGGAUUUGGCAAAGUUGAUGGCAGGAGGAUCCCCCUAACUUCCAACUCGAUCAUUGAAAAGAAAUUAGGUUCAAGGAACAUGAUUUGUAUGGAGGAUUUGAUCCAUGAGAUCUUCACCGUCGGUCCCAACUUCAAGUUUGCCUCCAACUUCCUGUGGCACUUCAAACUGAACACACCAAACGGUGGAUGGCGUAAGAAGACAAACCAUUUUGUUGAUGGUGGUGAUUUCGGGUGCAGAGAAGACAAAAUCAACAACCUCCUCAGAAGAAUGAAUUAA